AUGGAUUACGAGAUGGACCUCGAGCCCACCGGGCCCCAAGUGACAGUCCGCGAGGCUGAACCCUACCGCGUCGACUUCAGACUAUCCGCCGUAGACCUCGCAUUCGCCAACUCCCUCCGCCGCACCAUCCUGGCCGAAGUGCCCACUCUCGCCCUGGACCUGAUCGAGAUCGAAAGCAACACCUCCGUUCUCCCCGAUGAGUUCCUCGCACACCGCCUGGGCAUGAUCCCCCUGAACUCGUACAACUGCGACCAAGACCUCGACUACACCCGAGACUGCGACUGCGAGGACCACUGUGUGCGCUGCAGCGUGACGCUGUCUCUGCAUGCGCGCUGUAGCAGCGGCAUCAUGUCCGUCUACGCGCGGGAUCUGAUUGUCGUUGGCGAGCGCAUCAACGAUAGGAUUGGCGAUCCUGUCCUCACGGACCCGGAGCAGAAGGGUCCCUUGAUUUGCAAGCUGCGCAAAGGGCAGGAGAUUAAGAUGACUUGUCUGGCGAAGAAGGGAACUGCUAAGGAGCAUGCGAAGUGGGCGCCUACUGCUGCUGUCGGUUUUGAAUAUGAUCCUAACAAUAACCUGCGUCAUGUGGAUUACUGGUAUGAGCAGGAUGCUGCGAAGGAAUGGCCUGUCUCCGAGAAUGCUGCUUGGGAACCCGUCGCCAAUCCCGAUCAACCCUUCGACUACGACGCUGAGCCGGGCUACUUCUAUAUCGAUGUGGAGAGCAUUGGCAACCUCGACCCCGAUGCAAUCAUCCAACAGGGCAUCGUCUCGAUGCAGCGCAAGCUCGCAACUACCGUGUCUGUCCUGUCCGGCGAAGGCGAAGAUGGCCACGCUGGAAACGCCACAGAUGCCGAUAUGCUAGGUGCCAAUGAUCCCGAUGCUUACGAGCCGCCUGAGGGCAUCGAUGGCAAUAUGACUGCAUACGGAAGCGGUGCUGCCAGCGCUUGGGGUGCCAGUGCCCAGACACCCUAUGGUGCUACGCCUUAUGGACAGAGCAGCUAUGGGUACUGA